CGUACACUGACAUCCUCAAAAUGUACGCCUUUUCUGCUUCAGGAUAGGCCUCCCAGAAUCAGCCGUCAAGAUACUUUGCUGACAAUUCUUUCUCACGUUGAUUGUUAUGCUUCUCACUUGCCUCGGCCGUUCAACCUUCUCACUCGGAUGUUGUGCGUCUUCCAAGACUUUCCCACCAGCAUACGCCUUAGGCCCUUUUGUGCACAAACGGACGGCAACAUGCUCCAAUCGAUAUGUACCACGAUAGCGCUCGGGGUAACCCUGGCGGCUCUCCGAAUCUACCUGAUCCUGCCUGGAGCCAAGCCAAGAUCUCGACGUUCGAGUCCGGCGUCGACCUGUAGUAUCGCAGUUUUCCUAGGCUCAGGUGGCCAUACCAGCGAAGCGCUGGCGCUGCUCUCAGGCCUUGACUUCGACCGCUAUACCCCGCGCACCUACUUCAUCAGCGAAGGCGACGCGCUCAGCGCUCAGAAGGCUAUAGAUCUCGAGAAUGCCAAGGGCCCUCGUUCUGCCUUCUCCUUGACGGUGCUUCCCCGGGCACGCCGAGUCCAUCAACCUUUAUUCACCGUGCCACUGUCUGCGAUGCGGUCCUUCCGUGUUUGCGUCUACUAUAUGACGGUGGCGCCUUUCACAUUGAAGAAUCCCGUCGCUGACGUGCUCAUUCUGAACGGUCCGGGCACCUGCUGCACUCUGGCCCUCGCGGCGUAUGUGAACAAGUUCUUUGGUCUGAGAUGUCCUCGCGUCAUUUACGUGGAGUCGUUCGCUCGCGUAAAGGGUCUUUCCCUCACUGGUAAGAUCCUGCGCUCGUUUGCAGAUAGAUUUAUCGUACAGUGGGCGCAGGUCCUUCAGGAUGGAGGCCGUGGGGAAUGCUACGGUUGUUUGGUCUAGCCUCCGACGAUUGCCUUCCUUCGCGUACAAGGCUUGGCAUCAACGCUCUGAACUGCGCAAUGGACGUUCCCUUCAGAAUCUGCGCAGUCGCUGUAUGCUCCUCACGAGCUCCCAUCGCGGGCUCGCGUGAAUCCAGCUGAGAAAAGGGGAGAAAACCGUGCUCGUCGAUGACCGACCAGGACAUUUCUGGGACGCCUUGGUCUCCCUUCAUACCAGUUCACCUAUAUACCUGACGACUCACACCGCGCGCGCCAAUGAAUAUCGAUUACAAAGUCAUUGUAAUGAAUGGUAGAGCGCGAAAACAGAGCGAUACGAAGUC